UAAUUUUUGGGCUACUAGGUUCCUCUCAGUUCUGUUCUUUGCAUCUAUCUGUAGCGAAAUAUGAGUACUGGUAGUCAAAACUCAGACAACGUUUUUUCCCAACGAUGGAACGACAGCGAUGUAGUGUUGGUAGUUGAAGGCAAAGAAGUUCAUGUUCAUCGCUAUAUGUUGUCAAUGCAAUCCCCAGUGUUCAAGGCGAUGUUCAACGGCAAUUUCAAGGAUUCAAAACAAGAGAAGAUCGAGCUAAAAGAUGAUAAAUAUGAAACGAUGUUGCUAUUCCUUCAACUAUUAUAUCCACCGAACAUGCUGGAUGAGAAUAAAAGCGAUGUAGAUAUCAACGAUGAAAAUAUUUUACAAAUUCUUGAAGUUGCCGAUAAAUACACAGCUAUUAAUAUCAUAAAGCAAUGUAUGAAAGAAGCUGAGAACCUUGAACCAGAGAUUACAAUGCGUCUACUUCCUUAUGCCUCACGACAUGAUUUACCACUGGACGAAAUACUUGAAGUCAUUGGCACAGAGGUAUCAACAAAGGAGUUAGAAAAUUAUGCUCCAGAACUUGGUGAUGACCGUCUUUACAUCCAGACAUUGGUGAAAAAAUGUCACUCUCUAGAGAAACUUGCGAAGCAGGCUUAUACCCUGGUUCUCUUCAUGUUGGAUAGGCACUUUAAAAACGGUUUCAUGGAUAAGUCAGUCAGGUGUUCUUUUCACGGAGUUGUCAAUGCAACAGGAAGUUUUGAAAAGAUCAGGAAUUGCCGCCGUUGUUUGAAAGCUUACCAGAAAUUUAUCAACAAAUGCGUGUUCUCUCAUGAUUCCGAAAGACCAUUAUUUAUCCAUUUUGAAAGUUCUCGUUUGAGCUGCUUGGAUUUUGUGGAUUUCCUUAAAACCGUAGGGAACAUUGAGACUAGUGUAUAAUUUACAUCGCUUGACUUAAUUUUUGGACCGGUGUCACAGGAGAUUCGCCCCCCCCCCCAGGAGAUUUGCCCCCCUCUCAAAAGGGGGGUGAUAUUCCUAGGAUAUUCCCCCCUCCCAGGGCGAAUUUCCUAGGAAUAUCGCCCCCCCCCCUGGGGGGGGGGCGAAUCUCCUAGGAAUAUUGCCCCCUUUAGGAAUUUCGCCCCCCCCUCCCAUAUAAAUUUUGAAUUUUUUAUCUAAAAACAAAACGAUUGCAAUUUGAAAAGAUUUAUUGUGUGAUUUAUUUAUUUAUUACAAGGAGACAAAAUAUACCAACUCAUCACACAUGUAGUAUACUAUAAUAAUUUAAUCCAAAAAUCCAACUUAGACUAGUGUCAUAUUCUACACAUCUAAAGUGAACCAUUGCCCACAGAGAUCGCAUAAAAUCAUGUCGUAUUCUUCUGGCAGUUUACAUUCACAUAACAUAUUAUAAAAACAAUCACUUGCAAAUUUUAUCAAUAUCAGUGUUAACAAUAGCCGCCACAGUAAUCACUUGCUAACAAUAAACUAUAGGAUUAAUAAAAAAUCUAUGGAAUGUGUUGGGAAGCGUAUUGGCUAUUGUCCGUUGAAUCAUCAACUUUCCAUGUCAGUGUUAGUGAUGUAAUCUUGAUUCUUGACUUCCGCAAAGAAAAUUGUAUUAUAUAUAUAUGUGGUGUGGUUUAUUCAAAUAAUUUCAUGAUACUUUGAUUUUAUUAGUGCCUUAAACAUUUGAAAAUGUAACUCUGUAAAACCCUGGUAAAACUAAAAGCUUUUUUGUCUUUUUUGAAACGUAUAUUAUUGGAGUAUUGCCUAUUGGCAAGUUCUACCCUUUGCUUCUGAGAUUUACAAACUAUAUUGAAAUAAUGCAAGUAAAAAAUAGUGACAACUUAUAAGCCAUACAUUUUCCGAUAACGACAAAACGUGGAUGCAAAACCAAAUGCCAUGCCGAUCAUUGAUCGGUUGUUAUUUCAAGCUCUGUCUUAACAACUUUGAAUUGAUAUUGAUUUCAAAUUAUUAAAGCCAUGUAAUUGUUAUCCCAUGCAACUGUUAGGAAGGGCGAAAUUUUGAACGGAG